AAAAAACACUGAAACUCAGAGGCUCUUAAAUUUUAAUUAAUUCUCUCAUUGUCUUUUUGUUCCUAGAUUUGCAGCGUGAAUAUUCGCAUCCGAUUUCCAGAUCUCUACUCUUUGCUGUUUGAGAUGGAGAAGACUUUCCUUCACAGCCAUUCAUUAAAAAAAAUCUACUGGAACUUGUAAAUGGAGACACUCAAGUAUCUGCAGUGAAUGAAGAUCAUUGGAAAUCAACUUGAUCUGGGUCCAAUGGAAGAGUUUAGAGCAGAAAUGGAAAAAAAAGUUGCAAAGAUCUUGCAACUAAUCCAAAAUAAGGAUAAAAUUCCCAAAGACACAAAGAAAGAACUUCUGGGACUUGUUAAGGACCUGCAGGAACAGUAUCUAUUACUCUGCUCUCACUGUGAUCGCCUUAAAGAAGAGUCGGAGAGGACGUUUCGUGUAAGAGAUAGGUUAAAUUCUUGUUCUUCACACUCCAGCUCAGACUCAGACUCAGAAUAUUAUUCCUCAGAGGAAAUAGACAGAAAUAACAGCAAGUUGAAAAAUGAGAGUCACGACAUGGCAAAAAGCGAUAAGGAAGAGCUUGUGACAGCAAAUUUAGAGGUUGCUGAACUGAAGCUUAAGUUGGAAUCCAUGACUGAAGAAAAGGAAGCUUUAAAUUUGGAGUAUUUGACAGCUUUAAGCAAGCUACGAGAAGCAGAGAUGAUUAACAAGCAUCCCGGUAAUGAAGCAAAUGAGAAAGAAGGGGAAUUUUCUAGUCUCAAGAAGUUGAGUGAGUUUCUAGGUAAUCGAGCAUCAACAUGGUUAAAAGAAUUGGAUCAGCAACUAAAUGCCCUAAAAACUGACUUGCAAACCCAGUAUGAUGAGAAAAGAGGCAUCAAAGAACGGAUUGAGAGUAAAACAAUUGAAAGUGAACAUGAAAGCGAGGGACUGAAAUCCUUGAUUUCUGAACUUCACUUGUCUCCUCUCAUGGAAAAAGUUAGAGAAAAUGAGAACAACUCACUGUCAAGAAUUCAGGAUUUGAAGAAUCUUGUGAGCAAUCUGCAAUUUGAGUUAGAAUCUUUACAAGCUCAAAAUGGACAACCUGAAGGAAAUAUAUUGGGUAAUGAAGAUGGAGAGGUAGAUCAAUUCAAGGGCUUAAUGGAUCAGGUCAAUAAUAUGCAACAUGAAUUAACAUCCCUACAUAGUCAAAAACUUGAAACAGAAUUGCUAUUGGAGGUGAGAAACAAAGAAAUUUCUCAAAACCUCAUUGAGGUGAAAACUCUGACAGAGGAAUUAGGAAAAAAGACUUUGGCUGAGCAGAUAAUGAUGGAACAGAAGGAAGGUCUUUUAGCUAAGGUGAAGGACCUGGAAAUGGAAGUGGUCUUCUUACAUGAACAGAAAAAGGAACUAGAAAAUCAGAUAAAAAGUAAAAUAUUCGAUUCUAAUCAGUUCCAGGAGGAAAAGGAGGGACUGGAUGGUAUAAGUACAGAAUUGGAGGGAUCAUUUACCAAAAGAGAGGAAGAAAUUGAUUCUCUUAAAAGGAUUUUUGAGGUUAAAGAAAAUGAAGCUUCUGUUCAAAUUGUGGACUUGAAAGUGCAAAUUGAACGUAUGCAGCAGGAGCUGGAUACACUGAAGGCCCAGAAAUGCCAGCUGGAGUUGCUAAUUGAGGGAGAGAAACAAAAAUAUCUGCAGAGCCUGACCCAAAUAGAAGAUGAAAACAUGAAGUUAACCUGCAAGAUUGCUGAUCAACAGAGAGUCCUGAAGGAACAAGAAGAUAUAAUUAAGAAAUCAAUUGAAGAGCAAAAGAUACUGAAACGUUGGUCCUUUGGAUUCAAAGAGUCCAAGUUAAAUACCCAUCUUCUGGAACGGAAAAUGGAAGAACUGGCAGAAGAUUUCCGUAUGAAAAUGGAAGAUCAUAUUCGCAUAUUGUACCGUAGAAUCCAUGUUGCAGAACAAAUACACAUUGAAAACAGAAAUAAAUAUAGGAGAACAAAGGAGCUUUCAGAACAAGAAGGUCUCCGGCUUGAAGUGGUUGUUGCAAAGUAUGAAGCUCAGUUCAGGAAAAUAAAAGAUUUGCUCUAUCCAGCCUAUGAUGUGUUUCCUGGAUUGGACUCAAUAACCAGGAAGUUAGAGGAGAAUGAGAACUUUGUCCAUCGCAUAUGCAAGAUCUCAAAUGAUCUCCAAUUAGCAAAAGUUUGGGUUGCUGAGAAAAACAAUGAAGUGGAAAAACUGAAGCAGAAUGUGAAUUGUCUUGUUAGACAAGUAGAUAACAAGGAAGAAGAAAAAAUUUUAUUACAGGAGAAAGUUUGGGAGUUAGAGUCAGAGGUAAGCAAAGAAGGAGGUGAAACAUGGAAGCUGAGGGAAGCUGUGAAGCAACUAGAGGAAAAGGUAGAAGAACUGGAGGAAAGAAUAAAAGAGAAAAAUGAAAGGUUGUUGGGUCUUGGUGAGGAGAAAAGAGAGGCUAUACGGCAACUCUGCAUCUUGAUUGAUUAUCACCGCAACCGCUGUGAUAAUUUGAAGAGUUCAAUCUCCAAGAUGACUGUUAGACUCAGGAAAGUAUCUUGAUCAAUGUUUUUUUUUUCUUCGCUCGGAUUCUUUAAUGGCAUUUUUGGUAAUGCAUUGAUUAGCCAUUAGGGAUCAAACACAAUUCUUCCUUUGUUGGCACUCUACUGAGUACCGGGCAUUGCAAACCUGAAGACAAAAAUCCAUAAUGGGAGAACCGAACCAUUUAGCCAAACCCUCCAGUUAGUUCUGCUUCUUCCAUCAACAAAUUUUGUACCUCCUUAUUAUUGGUAGGUAGCAAAGUGCAAAUAAUUCUAAAAUUGACUC